AUGGCCGGAAUCGUGCGCCAAUCGAAAUUUCGACACGUUUACUGCAAACCAGUAAAACACGAGCAUUGCAUGAGCGAUAUAAAGGUAACCGAAAUCACUUGGGAUUCUCUAUUUUGUGCUGUUAACCCAAAAUUUAUCGCUUUUAUUCAUAAAGGAUCCGGUGGAGGACCAUUUCUUGUCAUUCCCGUGAACAAGAUCGGAAGAAUCGACAAAGAUCAUCCAUUCGUUGAUGCACAUAAAGCACCAUGUCUAGAGAUUGCUUGGUCUCCAUUCAAUGACAAUGUAAUCGCAUCUUGCUCAGAGGACACGACAGCUAAAGUAUGGUUGAUUCCGGAAGGAGGUCUAAGAAGAAAUAUCACUGAUCCAGUGGUGGAACUCGUCGGACACCAAAAGAGAGUGAACACGAUCGCCUGGCAUCCCGUUGCAAAUAAUCUUCUUCUCACCGCUGGUGGUGAAAAUGUGAUGUACAUGUGGAAUGUGGGCACUGGUGAAGCAUUGCUGGAGAUCGCUGGUCAUCCUGAUCAAAUCUGGUCGAUUGCUUUCAACUACGAUGGAAGCCAGUUUAUCACGUGUUGCAAGGACAAGAAACUUCGAAUCUUCAAUGCGCACAAUGGUGAAAUGGUACAAGAAGGAAUGGGACAUGAAGGAGUGAAGCCACAAAGAGCCAUUUUCAUGAGAGAUGGCAGAGUGGUGACUACGGGAUUCACGAAAAGAUCCGAAAGACUUUAUGCUCUUCGUACACAGGAAAACCUUUCUACCCCAAUCAUACAAGAAGAGCUUGACACAUCAAACGGAGUUCUUUUUCCGUUUUACGAUGAAGACACUGGAUUGGUGUACCUUGUCGGAAAGGGUGAUUGUGCUAUUCGUUAUUAUGAAGUGAACGAUGAUCCACCAUUUAUGCAUUACAUCAACACGUACACCACCAGUGAACCGCAAAGAGCUGCCGGUUUUCAAAGUAAACGAGGCAUUUCCUCGGAGGAGAAUGAAUUGCACAGGAUCUACAAAUUGACUACCAAAGGUGUUGUGGACAUUCUUCAAUUCUUUUGCCCCAGGAAAUCAGAUCUUUUUCAACAUGAUCUCUACCCGGACACUCGUUCUUUAGCACCAGCUUUAAGCGCUGAAGAAUUUAUGGAUGGUAAAGACGCGGAACCGUGCCGUCAGCCGGUGAACGCGGCCGCUGCCGCAGCUGCUUCGAAACCGAAAGUUCAAGUGGUGAAAAAGGCCAACAUCCUCAAUUCACUCGUUCCCACACAGGCUGCUGAACCGCCUCCACAAUCAUACAAGGAGCAAACGUCACCACAGCCGGCCAAAACAACGCCAUCACCGAGACCCGCUUCACAAAAGAAAUUGGUAGUGGACGAUGAUAUGGGAAUCGUGACAGCCUCAUCUUCGCCGUCUCCUCGGCGUCCAGCUUCUUCCGUAGAGCCGCCAAAAGAAGAAGUUAAUCCAAUGGUGCCGAAAAGUCAAGUGAAAUUGAGAUCGAGAGCUGAGCACGAUGAUGGUGGAGCCCCAUCAGCUGGACAGAGGAGGGCCGCCGCUGAAUUGGAGAGGAUUCGUCGUGAUCAAGCUCGAUUGCCGGAUGACGACGACCGGGCAGCCGCUGCAGCUUCUAGAGCGUCAACACGAGCCUCGGAUCGUCCCACUUCGCAAGCAUCUUCGCGAACCAGCCGAGUUCUUGGUGUCGAUAUGCCCUCCGAUGCACCCGUUAUGCUAAGUGAUUCCGGUCCCGGCUCAAUGGAGGAACUCGUGAGUGAUCUGCAGAAGAUGAAGAUGAUCCUUCGUCAACACGAGCGCCGCAUUCGCCUCCUCGAGGAUCAACUGGCCGAUAUGGCUAUGGCUUACACGCAUAACUUU